AUACGGUGGGCUGAGACGACUUCGUCCACGACUACUCUUUGUUGUCAUUCUGAGUCCUUGUUCAAGAGCCUGACCCAGCCACCGUCGCAUCAUGAAACUUCUGCUGAUCGCGCUGCUGUUCUGUGGGUUGGUGCCGAUGUACCACGCGGCCGUUCUACAGCCUGCAGUGCAGAUCAUCUCGAGGGGAUGCAGCUCGCCAAUGGGACUCGUGCCAAUCGGAGCGUCUUGGCGCAACGCCAAAUGUGAAACGUGCAUCUGUGGCGCCAACUACAUUCCGACCUGUACUCUCAAGCUCUCGAUUCCAGUGAUGUACGACAGCGACUGCGAGCUGUUGCUGGACACGAAGUUGUGCAUUUACAAGGUGGUAAAGAUUGCCGACCACACGAUCUCGUGUCCCUACCGGGGCAUGAUCUACCCGACAUCGAAGUAACACGCGGAACGACCAAAAAAUGUUUUCAAGAAACACGCUCGAGAAAGCAUCUUCAGACUAACGACGCUCACCGCGUUGUUAGUCUUUUUGGCCGUGGCAUCCAUUUGCGCUUACAGCUACACAUAGAUACAUUUUGGUGAUUAAGAUUGUGUUACAACAAUAGGGACAUGUCAUUGGUCCACGGGCCACAGCGGAUACGGGACACCACCUCUGGCUGCUAAAACUUAACAGUAUCGAUGAGCAAUUCACUUGGUGAAUGAUAAUCAAUUAGUUGAUUACCCCACUCGGUGCAAAUGGUUAUCGCGUAAUUCGCUGUUAUUCUUCACGUAAGGAAAUUGAAACAGUUAGGUCACCAACAAGUCAAACAUCUGGUCUGGAGCCCGUGGACCACUGAGUGAUAGAUUCCCGCUAAUGCCUCUUAUUUAGACGCUGCUUGGCCACACACUCAAAUAUUGUUGUUUUCUUUUCUUUUGGGGCUGAACUGUUGUUUGAACAAUUAAGAAAAGCAUCAUCAACAUCAAUAAAAAACCGAAAAACUGCAAUUCUA